AUCUUUGCAAUAGACUAAAGACUUGCUUUGGUCGAGUCUUCUUAGUCAUCACUCAUCGCCGGAAUGUGAAUGGGGAGAACACGUUGGUCAUGUCGCUGCUUUUUCUUCCUGCUCUUCUUCAUGGAAUCCUCUGCUUCAUCUACUCAUCGCGGUGUUGAUCCUCUCGACAUCAAUUAUUUCGAUUCAGAGUUGAUGCAAUGCAAGGAUGGUUCCAAUUCUUUUACCAAAGAUCGUUUCAAUGAUGAUUUCUGCGAUUGCGUUGAUGGUACUGAUGAACCAGGUACCUCGGCAUGUCCUAGGGGAAAGUUUUACUGUAGGAACCUGGGAAGUCAGCCGCGCUUCUUGUUUUCAUCUCAUGUCAAUGACCAUAUUUGUGAUUGUUGUGAUGGCAGUGAUGAAUUUGAUGGUGUCUUUUAUUGUCCUAAUACUUGUAUAAUGGGAGGUAGUAUUGAAUACAAGGCAGAGUAUCACCAAACUUUUGACAUUAUCCAGGAAACAAAAAGCAAAUCGGAUGGAAGAUUGGACAUGCUCCAGAAUCUAAAAGAUUUGAAGGUAUUAGCUGUCCUCCAGUUGAUCAUUCUUGUUUUGUGGGGUUUAUGGCUCUUCUAUCGUCGUGCUAAGUCUAGAAAGAGACGAUAUCUUUUGUAAUCAAAGAUUUUCUUUCCAAAGGUUGUGGACUUGUGAUCAAAAGUAGCUCUCUGAUCAGCAGAUUUCUCAAUAUCUUGCUUGUGUAUGGAUCUGUCAAUUGAUCUAAUCAUACUAGUAAUUUGUGCUGAUCUAUGAUAGUAUUACUCCAUAUAACAAUGUAAAUGCAGUUAUGGAGUCUACUCAUGAUCGCAGAUUUGUUACCAUUGUGAGAAAGAAAGGGAAGAGAAGAUAUAGAGUUUAAGGACAUUUGACGCAAAUUUUAGGCUCCACUAGUGCAGCAAUUAGCUAGUGACAUUUGUGUUACUUGUAUUUGAUUCUACUAUAAAUAGUUACUUGUUUGCCCUGUAUUUCAUACUGGAUUCUUAUGUUGUGGUAUGUUCUUUUUUUUUAAUUAAUUUGAC